CCAAAAUGGACGCCCUCAUCGCCUUCUAUCACGCCCACCGCAUCCCCUUCCUUCUCACCCUCGUCAGUUUCACAACCCUCCUUUUCCACUACCUCUACCGCGACAGACGUCUCCACACCAUAAGCGGACCCCCGGGCUACCCCCUCAUCGGCCUGGGCUACAAACUCCCACCUGGCUCUCCUGCUCUCUUUCGUCAAUGGGCGCAGCAGUAUGGUGAAGUCUUCCGCCUCCGGGUGGGCUGGUACAAUUGGGUGGUCCUGAACACACCGGAGGCGGUGCGCGAGGUGCUGGAGAAACAGGCCGUGCACACCUCCUCCAAAGCCCCCUCCCCUAUGGGCCAUGACAUUGUAACCGCCGGCCGGAGAAUGCCCACGAUGCCGUACGGACCCCACUGGCGCGCGCAACGGAGCGUGGUCCGCCAACUGACCACCGUCCCCAUGACGACGACCUUCAUACCGACUCAGGAAUUCGAAGCGAAGCAACUCCUCCAUGAUCUGGCUAUCCACAACACCGACCAGCGCAGCUUCUACCAGCAUCUGCGUCGCUACGCCUUCAGCAUCAUCAUGACCAACGCCUUUGGCACGCGCGUCCAAGGCUGGGAUCACCCGGACGCACGCAACGCCAUCCGUAGCCAGGCGAUCCUUCGCGCGACGUCGCGCCCCGGGGCAUUUCUCGUCGACGAGAUCCCGCCGUUAGCCUGGUUGCCCACCUGGCUCCAACCCGGCCGGAACCGGGCACUGGCUGCCGCAGCGGAGGUCCGAGAGAUCAAGAUGGGCCUGUGGCGGCGGAUCGAGAAGCAGCACGCGGCGGGAGCGGCCCCCCAUUGCUUCGCGCGGACAGUCUUAGAGCAGAAGGAGGCGUGGUUUGCUCAAGGGCUGACAGAGGAGGAUCUGGCGUGGGUGGCGGGUGCAGUCGUCGAGGCUGGGUUUGAGACGACCGCCGCCACUCUCAACAGUCUUGUCCUGCAGCUGGCGGCGCACCCCGAGGUGCAAGAGCGGGCAUAUGCAGAGCUGCAGCGUGUGGCCGGCGAUACACGAGCCCCCGUCUUUGCGGAUCACGUGCAGCUGCCCUAUAUCCGCGCCUGCGUGAAGGAGAUCCUGCGCAUGAACCCGAUCCUGGCGCCAGGGAUCCGCCAUUACGCUGACCAGGAUGUCGUCUACAAAGGACAUGUGAUUCCCAAGGGGACCGUGCUGGUGGCCAACACCGCGUUUUUGCACUACGAUCCCGAGCGCUUCGACCGGCCGUUUGAGUUUCGCCCGGAGCGGUACCUGGACCAUCCGCUGUAUAGUUCUGAAUAUGCCGUGCUGGGCGACCCGUACAAACGCGAUCAUUUCACCUUCAGCACGGGUCGACGGACGUGUCCCGGCGCCAGGCUGGCGGAAAACUCGCUGAUGAUUGCACUGGCGGCAAUGCUGUGGGCGUUUGAGAUCCGACCGCCGUUGGUGAAUGGGAAGGAGGAGGCGAUGGAUUUGAGUGAUAAAGCCUAUCCGGAUGGGGGCUUUACCAUCCCCAAGCCCUUCGCUGCGCGGUUUGUGCCGCGAACAGAGAAGACGCUGGCCAUUAUCAAGGAGCAGUGGGCGGUGGCACAGGAGAAGGGGUACGAGCUGCGCGGCAUGGCGGUUGACGUGAAUGGGGUAGUAUUGUGAGCCGUCUUUCUGUUGUUGGAUGGGUAGGGACCGAUGUCUUGACGGUGUGUGUGCAUGUGCAAUCGAGCAAUGGGUACCAGCCAAGUUCGAUAGUGUUCGGACCACGUGGAACUCCAUAGGGGAUCAAAACCAGGAGAAACAUGCUUUGGUCUGCCAAUAAUCCCGUACGUACGUGUCUGUGUGUGUCCAUGUAUUCAUCAUGUAUUCAGCUCUUGUAAUUCAUAUCGCAGUAGACUCUUGACUCGAGCAUAGUCCUGUUUCAACCACAUUUGCAAACAGCGGUAGAGGCUGUCCGCAUCGCCAAAGGGAUCCUCUUCAUUCUGACACUGCCGGCCUGGA